GUCGGAUCAGGACAGGAAAGGAGUGGGAAUAUAGCGAAGGAAGGACGCCCCGGGCCGGACUGCUGAUGAAUCAACGUCUAUGCACUUUCCACUGUGAGCUGCAUUCGGGAGCCUUCACAAAUUGGUGGCGGAGAAUGGAGAUGAGAAGCACCAGCCCCUGCCUCAGGGAGAGCCCGGAGAGGAGGAGCAGCAGCCCCGAUGCCAGGGAUCCAACCCCGGGGAAGAUGGCCAGGCUGGAGCCGAAUGACAGCCCGACAGGAGGGGGGAGAGCCCGGGUCAAUGGAUCCUCGGUCAAGGCAUUGGGAGGGUCAACACUGCCAGUGUUUUGUGUGGUGGAGCAGGCAGGCAACACUACAGAUUGCGAGGGCAAAGAAGAGCAUUCCGAAUUCGUGCUCAUUCGCAAAGACGUGCUCUUCAACCAGCUCACUGAGACGGCCCUUUUAUCCCUCGGAUACUCGCACAGUUCUGCGGCACAGGCUCAAGGGCUGAUCAAGGUCGGGAAAUGGAGUCCUCUACCCCUGAACUAUCUCACCGAGGCACCAGAUGCAACAGUGGCUGACAUGUUACAAGAUGUCUUUCAUGUUGUGACACUGAAAAUUCAAUUACAAAGUUGUGCAAAGUUUGAGGACCUUCCAGCAGAACAGUGGAGCCAUGCCACUGUUCGAAAUGCACUGAAGGAAUUGCUCAAAGAGAUGAACCAAAGCACCCUAGCGAAGGAAUGCCCUCUCUCUCAGAGCAUGAUCUCCUCCAUCGUCAACAGCACUUACUAUGCCAACGUGUCCUCUGCCAAAUGCCAAGAGUUCGGACGGUGGUACAAAAAGUACAAAAAGAUUAAAGUUGAACGGGAUAACAUGGCCGAGUACUGCAUCCUGGGUCAGAGUCCACCUCACCUCUCCAACAUCAAUCAACUGGCGAACUUCAGGAAAAUGAGCCAGCAGUCUCCUCACAGCCAGAUACACCACAGCACUCCCAUUAGAGGCCACGUGCAAACGCUCCAGCCCAUCAUGAGUCCCAACCUGUUGUCCCCACAGCUGAGCCCUCAGCUAGUAAGACAGCAGCUUGCCAUGGCCCACCUGAUAAACCAGCAAAUCGCCGUGAGCAGACUGCUGGCUCACCAGCACCCACAGUCCAUCAACCAGCAGUUCCUGAAUCAUCCGCCCAUCCCCCGGACGAGCAAGUCUAUGGAGCCUUCCAGCUCAUCUGUGGAGGUCUCUCCAGAGAUCUACCAGCAAGUCAGGGAUGAGUUGAAGAGAGCCAGCGUAUCUCAAGCUGUGUUUGCACGAGUUGCCUUCAACCGCACACAGGGCUUGCUAUCAGAGAUCCUCCGCAAAGAGGAAGAUCCUCGAACAGCUUCCCAGUCCCUUCUUGUAAAUCUAAGAGCCAUGCAGAACUUCCUGAACCUUCCAGAGGCUGAACGUGACCGCAUCUACCAGGAGGAGAGAGAACGCAGCAUGAACCAAACCAUCUCCAUGGUCUCUCCUUCAGCAGCCAGCACAGCGUCACCUCGAGCCUCCCAGGCCAAGACCUUGGCGUCAACGUCAGACCUUCCUGUUAAGGUGGAGAGCACCAACCUCAACAUCACGUCGGCCGUUUAUGACGAGAUCCAGCAAGAGAUGAAGCGGGCCAAAGUGUCCCAAGCGCUGUUUGCUAAAGUGGCCGCAAACAAAAGUCAGGGAUGGCUGUGUGAGCUGCUCCGUUGGAAAGAAAACCCAUCACCAGAGAACAGGACCUUGUGGGAAAAUCUGUGCACUAUCAUGCGCUUCCUAAACAUAGCCCAGGUUGAUCGGGACGCCAUUUACGAAGAGGAAUCUCGACACCAUCAUAACGAACGACUGCAACACGUCCUUCAGUUAUCUCCAGAACCUAUUCAGCAAACCCAGCUCCGAUCAGUUGAACACGGAGUGGCGUUGGCAUCAGCAGUCAUAAGGGAGUCCAUGGCUCGUUCACCCACCCUCCCGGCUGAAGGAGUAUGCUUGAAGGUUCUGCACAGACAGCAAUCGCAGCCUACAAAGGAGAGUUCACCCCCACGAGAGGACAUAGCCACUCAGCCACAAGCUGCUGAAGAUAACUGUGCCAAAAAGUCCAGGUCACGUACUAAGAUCUCAGUGGAGGCACUGGGUAUCCUUCAGAGCUUUAUCCACGACGUAGGCCUCUAUCCCGAUCAAGAAGCCAUUCAGACCCUUUCGGCCCAGCUGGAUUUGCCCAAGCAUACCAUCAUCAAAUUUUUUCAGAACCAACGUUAUCACGUUAAGCACCACGGCAAGUUAAAAGAGCAUUUGGGAACUACGGUAGAUGUAUCGGAUUACAAAGAGGAGGAGCUGCUGACUGAAUCGGAGGAAAACGACAGUGAGGAGGGCUCCGAGAUGUACGCCAUGGAAGUGGGAGAGGAAACUCCCAACAAAACCAAAGCCAAACCUCCCGAGAUAGACCAGAAAUAACACGAAACACACCAGCGAUCGGAUACCUGAGUCAAAGGGUAUUCUCAAUUCUAUGUACAGUGUUGUGUUCUACAUUAAGUACGUAUGGAGUACAGCAGUAUUGAAUUUGCAGGUCUAAUCUAAUGUUGCCUUGACAAAGAAAUCCUGAAAUGACUUUGUUCUCACAGACUGAGAAGGAUCCCCUCAGAGUUUGCCCCCACAACUCAUCCUGCACUAAGAGUUAAAUAAAGGAACAUGGGGAUGGGGGAGGGGAGGGGGUGCAUUUAAAAAGGAGCUUUUAUCAGAAUUUACUCGACACAGACGAUUUAUAAAGUUGUGAAACAGACUGUACACUGAAAUGUAUCACGAAGACUCACGGUUUAUGUCCUCAAACCCUGUUCACAAUGAGUUGUUUUGGCGGAUGAUAAGCUGCCUGGUCAGAGGAUGUGGCAAAGCUAAAACUGCUUUUCAAAUCCCUAUUUAUUUUCUGAGUUCACCUCUAAUUUUUGACUUACGGCAUACCUGCCCCGGUCGUUGUAAAGAUGUACGUUGCAAAAAAACAAGGAUAUAAAAAACGAUGCAUUUUGCAAAAUAAGAUGAAACCACUGCCAAAUGCACCCACGCACACACACACACACACACCCAAGUCAAACACCAUGUGGGAGAAUGUGAAUAGGUUUGCGUGGUUCAGUGAUGGAUGGUUCAGUCACCUGUGGUUUCCCAUUUGUACCAGGAUUCAAAGUCAGGAGUUGCAGGUAAGACACACUGUACUGAUCUAUGGUUACCGUUCAGCCCAUGGUCCUCUAGUGGAGUGAGAUUAAAUGUGUGCUCCAACAGUGACCAAAUUGACCCCACAACCGAGCAGGGAAAAGGUAAUAGGAAACUGGAGAGUGAGUAACAUUUCAUAAGCAUGAAAUUCAGUUGCACACAGUAAUAAAAGCUGAGGUAGUUAGUGUAUUUUGUUAUAUAUAAUAAGUACUGGCACUUGAAAGAUCCUUUGCAGGUCUCUGUAAGAUCAGUGCGUGAUCUUGUAUGAAUUAAUUCCCAGUUUAGGAAAUUAAGUGUAGUAAAAGCCACAAAAAAGCUGUAAUGUUUUCAUUAAAGCAUCUUUGUCUCCAUCACAUUUAGUCUUCCUUCCACACAUUGUUUCCCUCGACGUCCCAACGAGUAAGCUGAUGGGAGUUGGUCGUGCUGUCGGAUGUUGGUUACCACAUCAUAUCCCCACUGCUAACAUCUGCCAAAUAACUCGAAAUCAAACAGGAGGUGACAGAUGUUUUAGCAUCUCAGCAGCACUAUCAGCGCGCUAUGGUAUCCAGCAAGGACAAGGCCAUAUUGAAUACUGUGGAAGCCUGGUGCUUUACCUCAGGACUGCCCCUUACACUUGAUCUUAAGUAGAAAUGAAUUCAUUUUAUUCAGGGAUGAACAGAUGUUAAUGGAGAUAGACUAGGACAUUAGAUGAAGCUGCUCUCACACAGAUCUUUUAUCUGCGAUGGACACAUUCUUAAAACCUCCCCUGUAACAACCCUCUUUUCCCCUCUCCCCUUCUUCUUGUGACUUCCCAAACACAUACUUUCUGCUAAGUUUGUACAAACUGUUCAGUUAAUAAGGACACGAUAAAUGNUUUUUUUCGGUGGUUUUGUAAUAUUUUAACCAAAACAUGUACUAGACAUUGUCAAUGCUAAGUCUUGCCUAUUCAGUUUUAUUUCACUGCUAUGUCUGCAGUGAUUUUAAGUGAAUCUAUGGGCAUUUUAGCCUGUGGUCUUGCCAGAGAUUUGAAAAGUACAAUGCAUAUAUGUCUAUUUAUUCAUUAUCUGUCAUAUAUUAUCUAUUUGGGGAAAAAAUCUUUCUUUCAUAGUGCCUCUUGAGAAAGCACAAAUUUCUGCCUUUGGUAACAUGAAGAAUAAUUGUGUUUUUUGGAUUAUUGACAAUGUGAAUAUAAAAUUAACAUAUUGUAAAUGUUCUUUUUCAUGUGAAUCAACCCUCUAUCUGCAUUAUCACAAAGUGAUAAUUAUUUUUAAGUUAUGUGCAUUGUUAAGACAUUAGAUCUUUUGUUGUUAAAAUAAAAAGCAUUCAAUAAAUAUAUCUAAAUUUG